AUGGAAGCUCCUCGUCCACCAUCAUCAUCUGCACCAGCACCACCGCCACCACCACCAACAGUACCAAGAUGCGGUGGUAAAACUUCAGCACGACAACUCCUAGAUCAAGACAAGGAUUUAUUUGAAGAUUUUCGUGAUAUAAUCGAAAAAAAACUUCAAGAACAAUUUGAUAUUCCAAAAGAUUAUAAAAUCAAACCGACUAAAGUUCAAACUCAAGUAGUUGCUGGUACAAGAUAUUUUUUUUAUAUUCUUCUUCCAAAUGAUAAAUUUGCUCGUGUAAAAGUUUUUAAGCCACUUAAAGGUCAUGCACUUGAUACUGGUGAUCGACCUUCACUUGUCACCGUUGAAAAAGAGACAUAUGAUGAUUAA